UAAUCUGCCCGCCAAGCCUGCAGAGGAGGCCCAGAAACACCGACAGCAGUAUGAGGAGAUGGUGGCCCAGGCCAAGAAGAGAGAGCUGAAGGAUGCUCAGAAAAGGAAGAAGCAGCUGGAGGAUCGGUGUAAGCUUGAAGAGAGCAUCGGAACAGCAGCCCAGAUCUGGAACCAGGAGAUCCUACCGAACUGGAGCACAAU